AUGAGCAGCCCCGAUGCGGGCUACGCCAGCAGCGACGACCAGGCACAGGGGCGGUGCUCGCUGCCCAUCAUGAUGCCGGCCAUGUGCCCGUGGGCAGAGUCGCUGAGUCCGCUGGGCGAGGCGAAAGCGAAGGGCGAGGCGGCGCCGUCGGGGGCGACGGGCGGCCGGAGCAAGAGCGAGGCGCGGAUCCGGCGCCCCAUGAACGCGUUCAUGGUGUGGGCGAAGGACGAGCGCAAGCGGCUGGCGCAGCAGAACCCGGACCUGCACAACGCCGAGCUCAGCAAGAUGCUGGGUAAAUCGUGGAAGGCGCUGUCGCUGUCGGAGAAGCGGCCGUUCGUGGAGGAGGCGGAGCGGCUGCGGGUGCAGCACAUGCAGGACCACCCCAACUACAAGUACCGGCCGCGGCGGCGGAAGCAGGUGAAGCGCCUGAAGCGGGUGGAGAGCGGCUUCCUGCAGCACGGCCUGGCGGAGGCGGCGGCGGCGGCGGGGCCCGGGCUGGGCAGCGAGGGUGGCGGCGGCGGCGGCAGCGUCGGCGGCAGGAUGUGCGUGGAGGGGCUGGGACUGCCCUACGCCGAGCAGGGCUACGGGGCGGCGGGCGCGGGCCACUACCGGGACUGUCCGCCGCUGGGCGCCGCGUUCGACGGCUACAGCCUGCCGACGCCGGACCCGUCUCCGCUGGACGCGGCGGAGAGCGAGGCGCCUUUCUUCGCGGCGGGGCUGCAGGAGGAGUGCGCGCUGGUGCCCUAUGGCUACGCCCCGCACCCGGCGGCCGCCGAGUACCCGGCGGCGGGCGAGAGCCCGUCGGGCGCGUCGCUGCGGCGGCACCUGGCAGCCGGCGAGGCGCUGGGGCCGGGCGGGUCGCUGCAGGGGCUGCUGGGCUGCCCGGCGCCGUUGCACGCGUACUACGGGCAGGCGUGCCAACCGCCCGGCCCGGGGCGCGGCCCGCCGCCGCUGCCGCCGGGGCCCGUGGGGCAGCCGUCCCCGCCGCCCGAGGCCGCGCCGUGCCGGGAGCAGCUGGAGCAGCUGCCGCCCGAGGAGCUGCUGGGCGAGGUGGACCGCACGGAGUUCGAGCAGUACCUGCGCUUUGCCUGCAAGCCCGAGCUGGGGCUGCCCUUCGCCGGCCACGACGCGGCCGGGCUGGCGGCGCCCGACGGCGCGGGUCCCAUCUCCUCGGCCGUCUCAGACGCCAGCAGCGCCGUCUACUACUGUGGCUACCCCGACGUGUGA